UAGUUAACCCGUUAAUCAAGAAGUACUAACCAACAUCUCAAUGGAAACAAAUAUGAGGGGAAACCCACCUUCAAAUCAAGUUCUCCCAUUCCUUUCUUUCCUUUCUGUCCAUUUUUUCUUCUUAGAAUUGGUAAUGGCUCAAAACACAACGUUUAUUCCAGUGAAUGUAGGUUUGGUUCUUGACUUGGAUUAUUUGGAAGCAAAUAUUGCAUUGAGUUGCAUCAACAUGGCCCUCUCAGACUUCUAUGCCACUCAUGGAGACUACAAAACCAGGAUGGUUUUGACCACCAGGGACUCCAAGAAAGAUGUUGUUGCUGCAGCUGCUGCAGCCUUGGACUUGAUAAAGAAUGUGGAAGCGCAAGCAAUCUUGGGGCCGACAACAUCAAUGCAAGCUAAUUUUGUUAUUGGUCUAGGAGAAAAAGCUCAAGUGCCCAUCAUAUCAUUUUCUGCAUCAAGUGAUUCUCUUACUUCCACCAGGAGUCCCUAUUUUUUUCGAGCUACACAAAAUGACUCAAGUCAAGUCAAUGGCAUUGGAGCAUUAGUUCAAGCCUUUGGAUGGAAAGAAGCAGUACCUAUCUACAUGGACAACGAAUAUGGAGAGGGAGUUAUACCUUAUUUAACUGAUGCUUUGCAAGCAGUUGAUGCUCAUGUACCCUACCGGAGUGUCAUUUCUCCAUCGGCCACUGAUGAUCAAAUUGCUGAGGAGCUUUACAAGUUGAUGACAAUGCAAACAAGAGUUUUCAUUGUGCACAUGUUUGCCUCUCUUGGCGCUCGGCUUUUUGUCAAAGCUAAAGAGAUUGGGAUGAUGAGUAAAGGCUACGUUUGGAUCAUGACUGAUGGGCCGACUGUAGGUCUCUCAACCUCACCAGAUCCUUCUGUCAUUGAUUCUAUGCAAGGGGUAUUGGGUAUUAAACCUUAUAUUCCGAAAACAACGGAGCUUGGAAAUUUUCGGUUACGGUGGAAAAGGAAAUUCCAACAAGAUAAUGCAGACAUGGUUGAUGCUGAGUUAAACAUUUAUGCACUACAAGCCUACGAUGCUACUGUAGCAUUGGCCAUGGCAAUUGAGAAAGCUGGUACAACAAACUUAGGCUUUCGAGAGGCAAAUGUUUCUAACACUUCAGUAACUGAUCUAGAAAAUCUGGGAAUCUCUCAAAAUGGUCCAAACCUCCUCCGAGCAUUAUCAAACACUAGUUUUAAAGGUGUAACUGGAGAUUUCUUCUUCAUUAAUGGACAGUUACAGCCAUCGGCUUUUGAAAUAGUUAAUAUGAAUGGAAAUGGAGAAAGGAGGAUAGGAUUUUGGAUACCGAGAAAGGGGCUCGCAAAAACCCUUAACUCGAUAGCAAAUACCACGAGUACUUAUUCUACUUCCAAGUCCAGUCUUGCACCUGUUAUAUGGGCAGGGGAUUCAACUUCUAUUCCCAAGGGCUGGGAGAUUCCGACAAAUGGGAAGAAGUUGCGGAUAGGAGUACCGAGAUCAAGCACUUUCGGUCAAUUUGUGAAGGUGACAACAGAUCUCAAUUCCAAUAUGACAACAGUCACAGGAUACUGCAUAGCUAUAUUCGAAGCUGCAGUUGACGCAUUACCUUAUGCCAUAACUUAUGAGUACAUCCCCUUUGUCAAGCCUGAUGGGAGGUCUGCUGGAACUUACAAUGAUCUGGUCUAUCAAGUGUAUUUAAAGAGUUACGACGCUGUGGUCGGAGAUACAACUAUCAUAGCCAACAGGUCCAAGUACGUCGAUUUUACAUUGCCUUACACGGAAAGUGGCGUCUCCAUGAUCGUUCCAAUCAAAGACAGCAGAAACAAAAAUGCUUGGGUUUUCUUGAAGCCUUUGACUUGGGACCUUUGGGUCACAAGCUUUUGUUUCUUUGUUCUCAUCGGAUUUGUGGUCUGGGUUCUUGAACACGGAAUAAAUGAAGAUUUUCAAGGGCCUCCUUCGCAUCAAAUAGGCACUAGCUUCUGGUUUUCUUUCUCAACCAUGGUUUUUGCUCAUAGGGAGAGGGUGGUUAGCAACUUGGCUAGAAUAGUUGUAACCAUAUGGUGUUUUGUUGUACUCAUUCUUACUCAAAGCUACACUGCCAGCCUAAGUAGCGUGCUUACCGUUCAGCAGCUCCAACCUACAGUUACUAAUGUUGAUGAGCUCAUUAAAAAGGGGGAGUUUGUGGGAUACCAGCCGAACUCUUUUGUGUUGGGAAUCCUGAAAAACUUGGGUUUUGAUGACUCCAGGCUUAUGGCUUAUAAUACUCCAGAAGAAUGCGACGAGCUUUUUUCCAGAGGUAGUGGAAAUGGUGGUAUUGCUGCCGCAUUUGAUGAAGUGCCAUACAUGAAAUUCUUUCUAUCUAUGUAUUGCUCGAAAUAUACAAUAAUUGAGCCUACAUUUAAAACAGGCGGUUUCGGGUUUGUCUUCCCUAAAGGUUCACCUCUUGUAGCUGAUGUAUCAAGGGCAGUUCUAAAUGUGACCGAAGGAGAUAAGAUGAAGGAAAUUGAGGAUGCAUGGCUUGGCACACAAAGCAGUUGUCAAGAAUCCAGCACCUCAGUUUCAUCUAAUAGCCUUAGUCUCAAGAGUUUUUGGGGAUUAUUUCUUAUUACUGGCAUUGCUUCAAUUUCAGCUCUCAUGAUCUUCACAACCAUAUUUGUUUACGAGCACAGAGCAGUACUCUUGCAGCCCUCUGAUUUAAGAGCAACAACAGUGGAGCAGAGUUCUUGUUUUGUUCAGAAUCUUCAUUCAAAUGGACUUAACAUCCAGUAGAAGUGAGCUGAAUCCGAUCCACAUAGCUAUACCUGGAGAUCUUCCACCGGCAGACAAUGAUGAUGAUCAAGAUCCAAAUGCAC